GCCUGACGUGUCUUAUGUUUCAGAGUGAGCAGACUGCACUUCUGCUGUUUCACUGCUGAGUUUAUCUACAGUUAAAGCUCAGUAAAUGCUGCUUUAAUAUUUCAGGUCCACCAGUUUUGCGAGGGAGUGAAAUGGCGGCUGACUGGGAGGAAAUCAGGCGUUUAGCCGCGGACUUUCAGAGAGCUCAGUUUGCUGAGACUGUCCAAAGGUUGUCUGAGAGAAACUGCAUCGAAAUCGUGUCCAAGCUGGUCGGAGAUAAGAAGUUAGACGUGGUUCACACUCUGGAUGGGAAAGAAUACGUGACUCCAGCUCAGAUCAGCCGGGAAAUUCGUGAUGAGCUCUAUAUGCACAGAGGGAGAAUUAAUGUGGUGGAUCUUCAAAAGAUCAUCAAUGUUGAUUUGGUCCACGUGGAAGGCAGAGCCAAUGAAAUCGCCAAGUCAGACAGAGGCACGCAGCUCAUACUGGGUCAGCUGAUCGACGAAACUUACUUGGAUCGUCUUGCUGAAGAGGUGAAUGAUAAACUGCAGGAAGCUGGACAGGUGAACAUCGCAGAGCUCUGCAAAACAUAUGAUCUACCUGGAGAUUUUCUGACUGAGGCGCUGAAUGCGAGGCUGGGCAGAAUAAUCCAAGGGCAGCUUGACCAGUACAAUAGAGGCAUGAUCUUCACGCAGGCUUUCCUCUCCAGACACAAAGCCUGCAUAUGCGGCCUGUUCAGCGGCAUCACAAGGCCUACGCAGAUCAACAACUUGCUAAACCUCUAUGGCUUCCAGGAGAAUCUGGUGUACUCGAUGCUUGAGGAGCUGGUGAACAGCGCUCGUCUGAAGGGCUCCGUGGUUGGGGGCAGGCAGGAUAAAGCCAUCUACAUCCCUGACAUCUACUCCAAAGCUCAGAGCACUUGGGUUGAGUCCUUUCUCAAGCAAAAUGGAUAUUUAGAGUUUGAGGCACUGACCCGUCUGGGCAUCCCUGAUCCCAUCAACUACAUAAAGAAGCGCUUCAAGUCCAGCAGAUUGCUCUUCCUCAAGACUGCAUGUGUGGGCAGAACCAUUGUAGAUCAACUGGAGGCCUCAGUGGAGGAGGCUAUCAACUCGGCCACUUGGGUCGACUUGCAGCCGAUGCUCCCGAGCAUUCUGUCGGAGGAGGAUGUGGGAAUUCUGCUCAAUGAAGUGCUGCGGAGCAUGAAUGUGCAGUCCAGCGCACGGCUUCUCUCCACUUCUGUCGUCAGCGAAAAGUUCAUCGCUGGAUGCAUCGCUUUAUUUGAAGAUCUCAUGCAGCAGAAAGCCCAGAAGGAAGUGAAGAAUAACCCUGUGUUUUUGAUAACUGAGGAUGAUGUCAAGCAAUCGUCUGCUUUGUUGGAGACUUCGGCCUCUUCGAAGAAAGACAAAAGAGAUGAACGCCGGAAGAAAGCUGCGGAGGGCGGUGGAAGUGUGAAAAGUGGAGGAGGAGGAAACGCCAGAGAGAUCCGAAUCCGCAAAACAAAGAAGAAGGGCAGGAAGGAGGAGGACAGCGAUGAGGAGACAACACACAGCUCACAGGGUCGAAAUAAGCUGGGAGACGUGCAGUUCCUCUCAGUGGAGGAGAUCGUGGAGGUGCUGGAGGAAAAAGUGUGUGACAGCUCUGAGGAGAUGCUGCAGGAACUGGCAGAACAGUUACAAAGGCCUUUGAGUAAAAUGUACCAAGAAGUAGUCACCACAGCCUUCUUGUCGACAAGUUCAAGCGGAGCAGGAGGCAGUCGCAAGAAAAACAUGAAGGAUCUUCAGGAGGAGAUCAACAACUUGUACAACAACAUCCGCCUCUUUGAGAAAGGAACCAAACUCUUCUCAGAUGAAACGCAGGCUACGGUCGCCAAGCAUGUUUUGAAGACGGUGUGCACAGACGUGACCAAUGUGCUGCUGAGCUUUGUGGCAGCUGAGCAUAUGACCUCCGACAGCUCGGCGGCCAUGACCAGUGAGAUCCGGCUGAAGAUUCUGGCCAAGCUGUCAGAUGAAGUCAAAUCUCCUCUGAUGAAGCUGCACAACAGUCUGAAUGGAAAGGCCAUUGAGGAGUUUCUGUCAUGUCUGGAGACGAGUGCAGAGGAGUGUGGGCUCUUCCUGAAAAAAGGCGACAAGAAGAGAGAAAGGCAGGCUCUCUUCGUGCACCGUCAGGCUCUGUGUGAGCAGUUGAGGGACGCAGAGGAUCCUGCACUGGUGCUCCAUCUGACCAGCGUCCUGCUCUUCCAGAACGUCACACACUGCAUGCUGCACGCUCCAGGGCGCUGUGUGCCGCACAUCAUCGGCUUCCUGCAGAGCAAGAUUCCCGAGGACCAGCACAAGCUGCUGUCUCAGUACCAGAGUCUGGUGGUCAAGCAGCUGGUGGUGCAGGGUCACGGAGCAGAGAAGAAGGGAGCUGACAGUCCUGCAGACUCGGAUGACACGGAGAGCCUUCAGAAAGAGCUGCACAGUCUCAGCAGAGACAUUAAAGACAUCGUCCUCGCUCAGAGAAAACCAUCCGUCACAGAGUAACACACACUUUAUCAUAUCAUACAGCAUGGUCUCGUUCUAAAGGUGUGAAUAAACUGACUGAAUGUUGAUAAUUCAUAGUAAAAAAUGCUGGGUUCCACUCAAUUCCUUCACGUUGUCCCAACUCAAAUCAGUUUAGUUAACUUGGUUGUUUUACCCACUUAAAUUUGUGAAAACGACCAACUUGAUUCAGCUCAUUUUAAAGAAGUAGUUUGAUCAAGCAGCAAGAGUCACUAGCUACGUUUCCAUCCACAUAUUCUUAUGCACAUUUUGGAGAUCAAAACCAGUUGAUGGAAACGCCAAGAUGUGCAUAAGCGCAUAACAGAGUCGGAUAAACGCUUUAUUUGAUGUGCUUAAACUACGAUGGAAACACUUUUACCAGACAAAUUCCAGUGUGUGCAUUAAAGCCUGAGCACACUGUUAAACAUCUGACAUUUUAUUUUGGUCAUUCUAAAACACCUUAACCAUUUCAGUAUCAGUGUUAUUAUAUUAUUAAUGACCUCCAGAACUGUCUAGAGCGUCUGUGCUCCCCGUCUCACGCCUUCAAACGCCACCACAUGUUCAUUGGACUCGUUGUAUGGAAACGCUGCUUUAUAUGCACGUCUUAUAUGCCAUAUUCCUGUUAUGCGCGUAACGUUAGUGUUUCCUCUACAAGACGCGACUGAUGAAAGAGAAAUCUGUUCUUAAUUCUUGUAUUAAAUAUCAGGAGAGUGAGAGAGAAAUUAAAACAUUUAAAAAGUAAAUCUUUGUCCAUGAAUAUCUGAGUUUAGUUAUAAACAAUUGUUAAUUCUGCAGUCAUUUACUCUAAUCUGCUUAUGCACUCAUUCAAAAUACUGUGCAAAACAUUCUAACUUGUGUGAACUGCGUUUAUGUCCUGAAUUGGAUUACCCUGUCGCCCAUGCUUUUUGAACAUAGACAUGAAAAUAAUAGACAUAUCACCCUGCAGCCCAAGAGCGGUCACUCACUGAAGCCGAGCAGGGCUGAGUCUGGUCAGUACCUGCAUGGGAGACCACAUGGGAAAACUAGGCUGCUGUUGGCAGUGGUGUUAGUGAGGCCAGCAGGGGGCAGAGUGGGCCAAAAAUCCUCCACAUCACUUUAGAGUCAUUGUGAGUUAUGGGAAUCACUUGAUUGCAGUUGCUGCUGCUAAGGGUGGCCCAAACAGCUGUUAGCUUUAGGGGGCAACACUUUUUUUUUUCAACCGAAGCUAGGUAGUUUUGCAUCAUGUUUUCCCUUAAUAUUAAAUACCCUAAUUUCAAAACUG